AUUAGAAACAGAGAAAAAAAAAUUAUAUGCUUCUUCUCCGAAGAUGAUAUUAUUUGAAUGGUAAGUGGGACCGUUUUUUUUUUUUUACCUUCAUUUCUUCGAUGAAUGAUGGGAAGCCUCCGAUUGUCAUGAAUGUCAUAAAGCCAGAUAUAAAUCCACCGCAGGCUCCCCUUGCUAGAAUUGCGUGAUAAUUGGAUCCUACGUUGUGAAAAACGGAACCGACACAGAUGGAUACUGUAAUGAACACUAUGAUUCUUAGCCAGUAAUACCCAAAAUCUCGGGACAUGUUUGUGAACGAUCGCUUUGUGAGUGUGGAAAGUUGCUUAAACCAUGUCGCUUGGCUUUCUCUGGUUUUCUCGAAAACAGAUGAAACGAAGCUCGUGUAUCGUGUUGCGUCCGGUUUGUUUUCUCAUGGCGCUGGUACUUAUGGUGCUUUCUCUAUCUGGUUUACUGAUCCCAUUAUGGAUCAUUAGGGUUACUAAAAUCGAGAACGAAGUAAAAGUUACCGCCAAAAAAACGAAUCAGGAAUUAAUUUCCGGUAUUCGAAAAACCGCCACGUUGUUUUCUCCUAUUAAUGCAUCAGCCAUCAACUUAGUUCGAGUAUUAACCUCGUCUCUCGAGGAGCACGAUUUCCAAUUUUCCGAAAUUGAGUCGAAGGUUGCUUCGACUCUGUUUCAAGCGUUAUCCACAGUACCGUAUCUAUCGCAGAUUUCUUACAUUGGAUUAGACGGCCUAUUCUUCGCUUACUAUACUCAAGAAAAUCAAAUUUACGCAAUGUACUCAAAUUCGACAUUUUCCGAUGCGAAGAACUACUCGUGGUACAUCCAAUCGGUGAAUCGUGACAGUGGAAAACUAUACGGUGAAGCAAUUAAGUCACCUCCGUUUGAUGUAGUAAACUCGACCUAUUUUCAAGAAGCGUCGAGUAAUAAAAACGGAUACGCCUCGGUCGGUACUUCAUGGGGAGAUACUCAGAAUAUUCUUCUGCUUAGUACCGUAAGUAUAUACGGAAAAGGGGUCGUUUCUUUAGGAUAUCCAAUGCAAUCACUAAUCGAUUUCUUGAUUAAUGAGAUAAGAUUUUACGAUGGGAGCUUUUAUUUGGCUUCUAAAAGGGAUGGGAGUGUUCUAGCUCAAGGGAUUCCAAACACUUGUAUGAUCUUAGCUGGCGAUCGAGUGGCGUUUCAGUUAUUAAGGGAAGAUGAUUAUGGAGUUAGUGAAGUCGGAAAUCUCACGUGCCAAUCAAAUGAUGACAGCACAUCAAGAAACUAUGUUGUGAGCUUUUCGGGUAAAGAGUAU